GUCGAAUAUAUCAAUAUGUCUUUGAAUAUAAGAGAAGUCAAUCCAACUUUGCAGAAAAUUGCAAAAGAUGAGCUCAAUGAAGAUCCUUCGCAGAUUCCUCAAAUGCUAGAACAAUUUCGAGAAUGGAUAAGGAAGUCACCACAUUUAAGAGCAAGAACUGAUGAUCAAUUUUUGGUGUCCUUUUUAAGAGGCAGUAAGUACAGCCUUGAAAGAGCAAAGCAUAAAUUGGACAUGUUUUAUACUGUCCGUCAACACUCGCCUGAAUUUUUCAAGGAUCGUGACCCAGAAAAAAUGAAUGUGCAUGAAUAUAUGAAGAUAAGCGCGAUGUUUGCCUUACCAACAUCAUGGUCAGAGGGAGCACCACGUGUUAUUUGCAGUCGUUCUGGGGGUUACGACCCUGCAAAGUACAAAAUAGAAGAUAUAAUGAAAUGUUUUAUGCUUGUUGGUGACAUCCUUCAUGAAGAAGAUGAUCAAAUGAUAAUUUCUGGUCAAAUUAACAUCAUUGAUUUAAAGAAUGCAUCUAUGGCUCAUUUUACAGCUUUUUCACCACAGAUGAUGAAGAAAAUGACAGUUAUGAUGCAGGAUGCUUCGCCAUUCCGAUUAAAAGCUAUCCACUACAUUAAUGUCCCUCCAUUUUUUGAAAAAAUGUUCAAUGUCUUCAGACAAUUUUUGAACGAGAAAACCAAAUCGAGAAUUUACAUGCAUGGCAAUGAUUUGGAAUCAUUAUACAAAGUCGUUCCUAAGCACAUUCUACCAAAAGAGUACGGAGGUGAUGGAGAUUCUGUUGAAGAUAUUGUAAAAUACUGGGAACAUAAAAUAUAUGCAAACAGACAGUUCCUAAUAGACCAGACAACAAAAUAUGGUGUUGAUGAAAAGAAAAGAAUUGGAAAGCCUAAAAAUCCUGAAAGUCUGUUUGGCAUCGACGGGACAUUCAGACAACUACAAAUUGAUUAAGUAUCUUGUUAUCUAUAAAGUUUUCAUUAAUAAUUGUGAAAUAACUAUGACAUGCUAGUAAAAUGCUAAACUUAACCGAUAAGCGCUG